AUGAUGUCCAUGAACAGCAAACAACCUUUUAGUAUGCAUCCGAUCCUGCACGAGCCGAAGUACACACCUCUUCACUCCAGUUCAGAGGCUAUUCGGCGGGCAUGCUUGCCCACACCCUCGCUACAGGGCAACAUCUUCGCCGGUUUCGAUGAGACAUUGCUUCAGAGAGCCGAGGCUUUGGCCGCGGUGGACAUCGUCGCGCAAAAGAGCCAUCCGUUCAAGCCAGACGCCACUUAUCACACCAUGACCACAAUGACAAGCAUGACCUGCACACCCACGUCGUCCGCCGCCCACCUCCACCAUCCGUCGGUGCUGACCUCGCCGCACCAUCAUCCUCACCAUCAGCCAACGCAGGGCCUGGAAGGGGACCUGCUCGAUCACCUCACUCCUGCCAUCUCCCUCGGAGGCAUGGCUGGUUCCGACGUGGGCUCGACCGCCUCUCACCCGCACUCGCACAUGUCAGCCAUCAACCACAUGCAGCACCACCACCCGCAGAGCAUGAACAUGCAUCCACACAGUCUCGGCUCUCACACUUCGCUCGGUGGCGGAGUAGACUCCGAGCCCGACCCAAGAGAGCUGGAGUCCUUUGCCGAGCGCUUCAAGCAGCGGCGAAUAAAGCUCGGAGUCACACAAGCUGAUGUCGGCGCAGCUUUGGCAAACCUUAAAAUCCCUGGGGUAGGUUGUUUGAGUCAAAGUACUAUUUGUCGCUUCGAGUCCCUUACUUUGUCUCACAAUAACAUGGUGGCUCUUAAACCCAUUCUGGAGGCAUGGUUAGAGGAGGCAGAGAGAGCUCAAAGAGAGAAAAUGACCAAGCCAGAAAUUUUCAACGGUGGGGACAAAAAGCGAAAGCGCACUUCAAUCGCAGCUCCUGAGAAACGCUCAUUGGAAGCUUACUUCGCCGUGCAACCGAGGCCCUCCUCGGAGAAAAUAGCUGCCAUUGCCGAAAAACUGGACCUGAAAAAGAACGUCGUACGAGUGUGGUUUUGUAAUCAGAGGCAAAAGCAGAAAAGAAUGAAGUUUUCGGCAACACACUAG